AUGGCAGCUCCAGAACCUGCCUUUCCGAUCUCUGACCUCCAGAAGGCCUACGAAAAGCUCCUCCUGAGUGGUGAUUAUUCGGAUCUACAGAUCGUUUGCCAGGAGACGACGUUCAAAGUCCACCAAUGCAUCAUAUGCCCACGGUCCUCGUUCGUUGGCGCUGCCAUCAAGCAUCCGUUCAAGGAAUCUUCCACGGGGGUGAUUGAACUUCCAGCUGAUCACCCCGGUACCGUCGAGAGAAUCAUUGUUUACCUCUACCGGGGGGACUACAAACAAACUGGUCAUCUCAUCUCAAUGGCCACCGCCGAGGAUGACAGUCCAGCUCACGUCGGCCUCAAUCGUGCUGAUGUCUACAUCACCGCCGACAAAUACGACAUCCAACCCUUGAAGACCUUGGCGGCGAACAAGAUGACUAGCUGGGCCAAAGGCAAUUUCAAGACCCCGGGCUUCGUUGACAUGGCGCGUCAUCUUCUUCAGAUGAAGCAUGACCCCUGCCCCUUCAAAUUUGUCGGCCAAUGCAUCAGGGAGAAUGUGCGAAGCCUGACCCUUAAUGACGCCCAAAUUUUCAAGUUGAUUGGCGAUUUCGGUCAUCUUGGUGAAGCUAUUGUGAUUGGGAUCAUCGAGUCAAGAAUCAGCCCGAGAGUAGAGGCCGACCAUUUCCGUGAGAAACUCUGUCUUCAAGACCAGAUUGUCACUUUGAACCAGGAGGUUGCCGACUUGAAAAAACGUAUCCCUGUUCUGACGGAGGAGAUCGCUGGUCUGAUGAGGGAGAACAGAGCCAUACAACAAGAGUUAGAAGAUUGGCACGAAUAUUACAGGCAAGACGACCUUUAG